AUGCUAGCAGUUAGGAAGGUAAGGAGGAAACUCAGGAUGGGGACCAUCUGCUCCCCCAACCCCACCGGGACAAAGACAUCAUCGGAGGUCUGCAAUGCCGACUGGAUGGCCUCGCUCCCCCCUCACCUCCACAACGUCCCCCUUUCCAAUCUGGCAAUCCCAGGCUCACAUGAUUCAUUUAGCUACUGGGUAGAUGAAAAGUCCCCAGUGGGGCCUGACCAAACCCCAGCCAUCAAACGCCUCGCCAGGAUCUCCUUGGUGAAGAAGCUAAUGAAGAAAUGGUCCGUGACUCAGAACCUGACGUUCCGAGAACAGCUGGAAGCUGGGAUCCGCUACUUUGACCUACGUGUGUCUUCUAAACCCGGGGAUGCCGACCAGGAGAUCUACUUCAUUCACGGACUUUUUGGCAUCAAGGUCUCGGAUGGGCUGAUGGAGAUUGACUCAUUUCUUACACAGCACCCCCAAGAGAUUGUCUUCCUGGAUUUCAACCACUUCUACGCCAUGGAUGAGGCCCACCACAAACGCCUAGUUCUCCGGAUCCAGGAGGCCUUUGGAAACAAGCUGUGCUCAGCCUGCAGCGUGGAGAGCAUGACGCUGCAGGCCCUGUGGGAGAAGAAGUGCCAGGUUCUUAUUUUCUAUCACUGCCCCUUCUACAAGCAAUACCCCUUCCUGUGGCCCGGAAAGAAGAUCCCAGCGCCCUGGGCAAACACCACAAGUGUGCGCAAACUAAUCCUCUUCUUGGAGACCACUCUGAGUGAGCGGGCCCCACGGGGCUCCUUCCAUGUCUCUCAAGCGAUUCUUACCCCCCGAGUGAAGACCAUCGCCCGAGGCCUGGUUGGUGGCCUCAAGAACACUCUGGUUCAUAGGAAUCUUCCUGCCAUCCUGGACUGGGUGAAAACCCAGAAGCCCGGAGCCAUGGGUGUCAACAUCAUCACAUCGGACUUCGUGGACCUGGUGGACUUUGCCACUACUGUCAUUGAAUUGAACGACCUCCUACAGGAGGAUAGAGCUUUGGCUAAAUGCUGA